GUAACCAUAGAUAUCUUCUCUACAUCGUGGUGGUAACGAUAUUGAUCCUAUUUAUAAUGUGAUACAGCACAACAACUGAUACUGCGCGAGCGCGGAUUUAAAAAUUUAAUUUAAUUCUCGUUUCUUGAAUACUGCAAUACUUACUUUAUAUCGUAACGACAUACAUAAUGUUUUAACAUCGGUUUAAUAUUUUCUGAAACUUUUAUUUAAAAAAUGCUGUAUUAACUUUUAUAUUUUGUUUGAUUGUUUCAUUCAUACGUCUAAAAAUUUAUAAUGAACAAAAUACGCUUGACCAACAUUACAAAUAAUGAAAUAUUUACUUAUUCAACUAUUUUGAUUAAAGGAUUCGUUGGCAUACACGAUGAAUCGAAUAUUAUACUUAAACAUUACUCAAACAAUGGCAAACAGUUAGCAGAAUCUCGCUGGUCAGUGAAUAAAAAUAAAUUUAAAAUAAUAAUAGAAUUAAAAAUUGGCGAUAAUAUGUUGGUUUUUAAAUUCGCUAAUGAGGUCUUACACACAAAAUUAGUAUACAGACAAAGAGUUACUAACUACACCGUGUGUCCAGUUUAUGUAAUUUGUGCUGAUCAUGAUGGUAGAUUCCAGGCCCCUGCAGAUCAUGAUAAUUCUGUUCAAAACGCUUGCACUAAAAUAACGUUAUGCUCCAAAUUAAUUCAAAUGUUGACAGCUGAAAAAAUGUAUGAAAAAGGUUUUGGAAAGAAAACAUUUAAAGUUGAAAAAGAAUGUCGUAUAAUUAAAAGCUCUUUAACAAGGCGCACAGUAUUUAACAUGCAUCCUGAGAAAUUAUGGGAAUAUAUUGCCAGGGAGUUGACUGCUGGCCAAAAUUCUAAAACUCAAAAAUAUUUAGCUUUCUUAUCAUGUACUUAUUGGGAUGGACAGAAUUUACAUGGUCAUGUAGCAUUGGGUGGUGGUGGACUGGCAUUAUUUGGAACAGGUUGUCUUUACACUUGGCCUAGUAAGCUAGAGGAAGUUUUACCAUGUUUCAUGAACAUGGCAAAAGUGGAUACCGGCACAUUGUUGGAUGAUAGCUGUUUCAGAGGAAAUUUUGGUGGAUGCUUUAGCACAACCUUAGGUUCUGUGUGGCAUGAAUUGGGACACACAUUCGAUUUAGGCCACUCUAAAUAUGGCAUUAUGGGACGAGGAUUCGAUAAUGUUCAUUUAAUUUUUACAUUGGAUAAUAAAAAUAUUGCUCAAGAAAUAAAGCCUGCCAACAAAGGAUAUAUUAUAUGUAUUGAAAAUUAUUCGAACACAAUACAUAUGAAGGAUGAUAUGUCUAAUAAUAACAAUACAAAUGAAAAUGAAACAAUAGAUGAGUAUGAUUCAAAACACAUAAUAUGUUGGUCUAUGGGAUGUGCAUCAAUACUUUCAUUUCAUAAAUGGUUUAAUGAUUUCAAAGAAGAAAACAACAAUGAACACAAAAUUGAUUAUGUAACAAAAAGAAAUUUAUUGACUUCUAGAAAUGGCUUAAGAGUAGUUCAAUUGAGGAGAGAAGAUGGCCUUGUCAUGCAUUCAUGGGAAUUUGUUAAAAAUAAUAACAAACGUACAUUCAUUCUUCCAGUACAGUUAGCAAAUAAUGGUAUAACUAUUAUUGCUGAAGAUUCUUAUGGAAAUAUAUUAAAACAUUUACUGUAACUUACAUUAAACGUUGAGAAUAAGAAUUAAUUAUAUUUCAAAAACAUUAUUUUCUAUUUAGUUCCUAGUUUAAAAUACCUUUUGAUUGAUUUUAUAAGCUAAAUUUUUUUAAAAAUAUAAUUUGUUUCUGUUAUUAUUUUUAAAUUAUUUUACAUUUUUAUUGUACUACUAUUUUAAAAUCUGAACUAGGAAUAUAUUAUAGACUAUACAUCUUGUGCCAUUAUAGAAUUUUAUAUUUAUUUAAGUUAUCAAUUAAACAAUUUAAAGUAACAUUUUAUGACUAAAUCGUAAUCCUAAUUAAAUUUAAUAAAUUGUAUUUUUAUGGUUAAGUUAGGUUAGAUUAAAAAGUUUUACAGAGAUCUCAGUAUUUUAGAUUGUAUAUUAUAUAAAUAAUAAAUAAAUGUAUUUAUAAUAUAUGUGUAUAAUACACAUAUCUAGGGCUUGGACUUAAUAUGCUAAAAUAUAUAAUAUUCCAUAAGUUUGCAAACUUAAAUUUUCAAAUAUGCAUAAUUAUUCAAAAACUUAAAUUGUGCAAAACAUUACAUUAUUUUCUUUUUUUUAUACUGGUGCUAUUAUAAUUUUUGGCGCCUUAAUCGAUAUUCUUAGCUGUAAAAAAUAAAAAUAAUGUAUAACAAACAAUAGGGUGGUUAUAUCAAAAUAAAUAAUAUAUUUAAAUUUUCAUUUUAAAACAUUCAACAAUUAUAAAUUAAUUCUACAAAAAAAAUAAUUUGAGAUUUGAGAUGAAUAUAUCUUUUCUGAAUUUCUGAAGUGAAUUUGUGUUAAAUCAGAUUUUGAAUAUGUUGCUUCCUAAGUAAUAUUAUAUACCAGUAAUAAUAAUCAGUAUUCUUAAGAAAAUUUUACUUAAAAUAAAAAUAUUAAAUAUAAUAUCAAGUUCCAGGGCCUGUACCCACACAACAUUAAAUUAAUUCCUAUAUUUAUUAGUUUUUUUUUUUUUUAAUUGGUUUUUAAUAUAAUUAAAUAAUGUAUGUAACUUCUGAACGCUACUAAAAAAAAAAAUCAUUUUAGAAAAUUUUAAUAAAUAAUAUUUAUGAUAAGGUAGAAAUGAAUAAUAAUUAACUAUUCAAUUUUUUUAGAAUUUUAAAUUAUUGAAUUAAUUACAAAAUUAUUAAGAAUUUCUUUAUGAACAAGCUUGUAAAUCAAUAUUAAGUAUAUAAUAUAAAUUAUAAAUUUAUUUAGCAGUUACAAGUGGUUAAUUUAUAAUGAACCAUAUUAAUUGGAAACUUAGAUUUUCAGAUUUAUAAUUGUUGUGUAGUUAAAUUUAAUUGUUAAUCUAAAUCUAUACCUAUAUCAUAUUAUAUUAUAUAUUAUUUGUUAAUUGUUUUUUUU